AUGACAGUGUUCAUUGUGUUUUUGCCGGGGUUGAUCCAUAUCAGCAUGUCCUUCGUGAUGCUGCUGCUCCUGGCUGUGCCAGCCCUCCAGCGGGCCGGUAGCUUCUCUUCCGGGACUUUCGAUGCCAGGGAUUUCUCAUUGCAUAUGGUCUUUCCAAGGGACUACUCUGCCUUCGGUCUGGCCACGGAGCAGAUGCCAGCAAGGCGAUUCAUCACCAUUUCUGUGAUGCUUCGGCUUGGUGGUCUCUUGUCAUAUUUGCCACUCUUCGUUGAUGCGGACGCAUAUGGCUUCACAACGUACCUUUCGGCUGCCCUGUCUGAACAAGGUUCUGAGCAGCUGCAGCUGUUCCGUGACCAACAGGCUGAGCAGGUGCGCAGGCUUCAGUACAAAGAAAACGCGCAGUCCGUUGACAGUUACCGUGACAUCAAUUCCGCACUAGUGCAGGCCUUCGGUGUGGCUUAUUUUGCUUUCCUUUGCAUCUCUGGCUGUGGAUGUUGCUUCCUUUCUCAGGGCUUCUGUGUUGGAAACGACUUCUCUGGCGCUGCAGCAGCGGAUCUGGCCUUGCAAGAGCGCAUCGAUGACAGGGCCAGGAUCCUGGCCGCACGAAUGCGCGAAGGUGAUCUAAAGCCUACUUGGAAAGAGUAUGUGAGGCUUCACGCGGACAUGCUGCUUUUUGCCUGGGAUUUUGUGUCGGAUGGGCUCGCGCUGUGGCAGUUCUUCGAGCUUGAGCUGUUCUGGUUGUUUGCGUUCCAGUUAGUCAUCAUUCUAACAACCCUGUGGGAAGAAUCACGGGUUGUCCGCAAGCUGGGUAUACGCGCAGCAUACCGCGCAGUUGCGGAGUCCAGCUCACAUGGAUGGGCCACAGAUAACUUAAUGGCAAUAAUGAUGCAAGAGAAACUUAUUCAGGCGCCUCCUUCAUCGAUACUCUUCGAAUUUGCGUCUUUACAUUUGCCGGAGAGUGCUGGGCGCCAUCUCCUUGGAAUUGACUUCAUGUUUCUUUUCAGUCGCUUCAAGAUGUUCACGAGCAGCUUCAGCUCCGCUUGGGCGGCAUAUGUACUCAUGCACUUAGACCUAGAUCGACACAUUGUUGUUGCUGUGGAAGGCCUGGGGUUGCCAAGCGCUAGAGGCGGGGAGAAAUCGUCAGGCAUGCCAGUGCAGCCAAGUCAGGCCCAUGGACCAGGCCACAAGCCUCCAGCUCAACUGGUAGGACCUGCAGUCCUUAUGGACCCCCCAGCAUUCCCACCAAGAAAAAUCACACCUCGGCAUGUCGCUCCUGCCCCAGCCUUCCCACCAGAAAUUGCGCCUUGCCCUGCGACUCCUCCGCAGUCGGCACCUUGUCUCCAAGGGGGAGGCUUGAAACACAUGCCGGCCCAAGAAAGCCCUGUCCAAGAUCCGGCGGCCAGCAGUUGCAUCCACAAGUCUAAGGCUUUCCAUGCGUCCCAGCCACCCAUCCAGGUCGGGGCACCGAGGGGUGCUGCCGACCAAGAGUAG